CAUAAAAGUCAACCUAAUUUUCUGUUUAUUAUAAAUGAGUCACAAAAAUAAAUUAAACUUAAUUUAGAGUCAAAUAUGUGUGUUACAAAUUGUCCCGUGUCUUAUCCAGAGCAAGAACUAUGUCUCACCAUUGGCUCCUCAUCACGUUUUGGUUCAGUCCUGUCAGUCUCCAGUACAUCAACACGGGGCCGAUAGAGCCAGUCUUGGAGAAUCCCCAAAGCAGUGUGCACUUCUCUAUCCCCUACGUCAAUUAUUUAAACCCCCCUCAGAAUCCCGACGUCGACGUCCAGUCCGAAGACUUCAGUAAAUUUUACAACAGGCCCGAAUCAGACGUGCAGAGGAGAAAACGUACCGCUGAUUAUGAAGAAUCACAUUGGUAUCAACAAGUCGAGGAAGCUAAUAAGUCCCCAUUUGGAAGCAGCAUCGAGGAGAAAAAUCAGAAGCCGUUUCUAGCAACUUACAGCUUAAUAACCGACGAUAACGAGAACGACACGUUUGUGGAUCCCCUUGAAAAAAAGAAUUUCAGUCCUUGGGGGGGAAAGAGAAACCCGAGACAUACUGAGAGCAAUUGGACGUGGAAGCGUUCUUCAGGCUUGAGAGAGCCGAGUAUGCCGAAAAGAGUCCGUUUCAGCCCAUGGGGAGGCAAACGGAGCAAGCAGAUGAUCUUCAAACCGAAUUCGAAAAGUUCGAGAAUCAUCUACGCGUCUGUGCUGCCAGAAUUGACUGGCAUAGUGUCGAAUUUCAUGCCUCUUGGACGGUCGUUAAACUGGGCGGGACUUCAGCUGAUUCCCACUCACAAUUUGGACAAAAGGUUCCCAAUUAAAAUGCUGGCUAUGUCUUCACCGUUGGAAGGGAAAUUGUUUAGAGACGCGUUGCCUUUCAAGGCUUUUAUGGAUCAGAUACCGAAGUCGUACAAACCUGGACAUCCGUAUUACGACGUCAACUUGAAGAAGGAUGGAAAGAGGAAAGUGAAAUUCAGUGCGUGGGGAGGGAAGCGGUCACCGCCGAUCAUCGGCCCUAUCUGGACACCGACGCCGACCGAUGUGAAGGAAUCCACACUCAACAGCAUCCUGUUAAUACGAACCCGAAACACUAAGGACACACCGAAGGCAUUGUAAUACGGACUUUCGAUAAACUCUCGAACUUUGAUGUCUGCAAUUUAGCUUCUAAUUAGUGCCAUAUGUGAAUAUGAACAGACCAAAAAUUAUAAAAAAAUGUGGGGCUACACGUGGAAAGGAUCGAAAGUGUUUUUAUUUUAUUCGAAUUAGCGUUUCGGUCAUAAAUAUUUUGUAAUCAAUGUUUUUAUGCUCUCGCUGUCCUCAAAGUCCGAGAACCACAUAAGAGUCAUUAAGCCAACAGCAGACUAUGUGAGUAAAUAAAAACCAUUUCUGAUCUAACGAUAUUAUCAUCCGGCAAUUUUCCGUGUAAAUAUACAUAGGUGGUUACUGUUGACUGAAGAUAAAUCCGCAUAUAAGAUGAAAAAAUAAAUACUUGGAAAAGUCUGUCUAUUUUAAAUAUAACUUCUGUAAAAGGCACGUUAUAUUAGAGUAACCGAAAUGUAUUUGCGUUUAUGGACAGUUUAUAUCGCAUAUGAAUCAAUUGUUGUACGUAGGUUUAUUUAUUUCAAUGUAUCAAAGAGUUUGAUAAAAACUAGCGUGAGGAACAGACAUUAAAAAUAAUACGGGUCAUUUGUGAAUAUCGACUAGAAAUUGAAAUGUUCGAGACUGCGCGGUAACAGUCCGGAAAUAUUCUCCGAAAUUACAAGAAUUUAUACCAUGAAUUUUUUGAGGUCGUGCCCGCGAAAGUUCUUUUGGACAUCUGCAGGAAUUCUUAAAGGUGGAAAUUUACGAUAACUGAGAAUUUCUCAACGUUACAUCGCUAUUAUCACAGGAUAUCGACUCGUCUUGAGAAUGGUCUUCUACAAGAUCAAAACUGUACCUAAUCGAUAUCUCCAUCAACUUAAAUGAAUGACCCGUAAAAUAGUUUCUUUAUCAGGGUUUGUUUUUUUUUUACUAAAUAUAGCUUUUUUAUUCCACGAGCAACCAUUUUGCAGUUAGAAGUUACACCCACCCCUGCCGGCGGGCUGGGCACGUCAGGGGUGAACUGACAUCAAGCACUAAGUCGUUGUUAAACUAUUUGUUAAUCUUAUUUAUUACCUAAUGUAAGAUAAAUAAACGGUAAAGUUCUAUUGA